GAAACUGAAGUGUAGAUGAGCUGUUGUGUGUUUGUGUCUCUGUAUUCGUGCUGUAAAAUGGCAGAAGCCAGAAUUUCAGUGGAUCAGAAUGAGUUCCUGUGUCAAGUGUGUCUGGAUCUCCUGAAGGAUCCAGUGGCCAUUCCCUGUGGACACAGUUACUGUAAGAGCUGUAUUACAGGCUGCUGGGAUCAGGAGGAUCAGAAGAGAGUCUACAGCUGCCCUCAGUGCAGACAGACCUUCAGUCCAAGACCUGCUUUAGCUAAAAACACCAUGCUGGCUGAAGUGGUGGAGAAACUGAAGAAGAGAAAACUUCCCGCUGACUGUUACGCUGGACCUGGAGAUGUGCAGUGUGACGUCUGUACUGGAAGAAAACACAAAGCCGUCAAGUCCUGUCUGGUGUGUCUGAACUCUUACUGUCAGAAUCACCUUGAACAACAUGAGGGUUUCUUUAAAGGAAAGAGACACAAUCUGACUGAUGCCACUGGACGACUGCAGGAGAUGAUCUGCCAGAAACACGACAAGAUCCUUGAGGUUUUCUGCCACACUGACCAGAAGUGUAUAUGUGUGCUGUGUAUGGAUGAACAUAAAAACCACAUCACUGUAUCAGCUGCAGCACAGAGGACAGAGAAACAGCACCAGCUGAAGAAGAUGCAGAGGUUGUUCCAGCAGAGGAUCCAGCAGAGAGAGAAAGAUCUUCAGCAGCUGAGAGAGGCUGUGGAGUCUCAUAAGCGCUCUGCAAAGACAGCAGUGGAGGACAGUGAGAGGAUCUUCACUGAGCUCAUCCGCUCCAUUGAGAGAAGCCGCUCUGAGGCCACACAGCGGAUCAGAGAUCAGGAAAAGACUGCAGUGAGUCGAGCUGAAGGACGACUGGAGCGACUGGAGCAGGAGAUCAAUGAUCUGAGGAGGAGAGACGCUGAGCUGGAGCAGCUUUCACACACACAGGAUCACAUCCAUUUCCUGCAGAGUUUCCAGUCUCUCUCAGCUCCUCCUGAAUCUACAGACGUAAAUGACGAUUCCUUCAGUUCUCUCUCUUCUUUUGAUGGCGUGAGAGAAUCUGUCCGUCAGCUGAGAGACAAACUGGAGGAUUUCUGCAAAGAGGAGCCCAAGAGGAGCUCUGACAGAGUCACUUUCACCAACAUUGUUCCCAGGACCAGGAACGACUUCCUACAAUAUUCCCAUCAGCUCACUCUGGAUCUGAACACAGUGAAUAAACACCUCCGUCUGUCUGAGAGGAACAGAGUGAUUACUGGCACUAACAAAAAGCAUUCAUAUCCUCAUCAUCCAGACAGAUUUGAUUAUUAUGAUCAGGUGUUGUGUAGAGAGAGUGUGUGUGGACGCUGUUACUGGGAGAUUGAGUGGAGUGGUGAUGUGGAUAUAUCCGUGUCAUAUAAGAGCAUCAGCAGGAAGGGAUCAGGUAAUGAGUGUGUGUUUGGAUAUAAUGAUCAGUCCUGGAGUUUGUACUGUUCUUCCUCCAGUUACAUAUUCUAUUACAAUAACAUAGAGACUAAACUCCCUGUAAAGUCCAUCAGACACAGCAGAAUAGGAGUAUAUGAUGAGGAUGAUGAUGAUGAUUUAGAGUCCAUCAGCAGUAGAAUAGGAGUGUAUGUGGAUCACAGUGCAGGAACUGUGUCCUUCUACAGCGUCUCUGAAGACACAAUGAGCCUCAUCCACACAGUCCAGACCACAUUCACUCAACUGCUGUAUCCUGGGUUUGGGGUUUAUAAAGGAUCAUCAGUGAAACUGUGUUGAUGAAUCAGAGUAGAUUGUAGAGAGAUUCUACCCAUAAUGCUUUGAGCUCAUGAUAAAUCAGUAACAGUGAGAUGUUAUAGAGUCUCUUAUUUUAUCUUCAUUACAUUACAGCUGAACUUCUGUCAGUCAAAUAACAUGUCAGAAUAAAUGUGUCUAAUGAAUCCUCAUAUAGACAGUAAAAUCAGUGUGUGUUUGUGAGUCAUGAUGAGUGACGGUGUGUAUCUGUGCUUUUAUCAACCUCUGUUUGUGUUGUUGGAAAUCAGUAAUUCAGUUUUUAUUGUAGUGUCACAUCAAUCAUUUUAUUAUUACUGUUAAAAUUACCUUUCAUUAAAAUGUAUUGUUCAAUAAAAUUUAAUAAAUGUCAAAUGUUCA